UAACCUUGCAAUGAAUCUAAUGCUUUGGAAGACACAUGCCAGGUAGCUCGGCGUAUGUCACUGCACACUAUUCGCCUUCACAUUGGCUGCAUUCGCUUUAUCGCCGCACUGUACACACGGCCAGGAGGAUAGUCAGUCACCACACAAAGACAAGCUGCAUCCAUACAGCAUGAUGAAUGGAUUCCCCUCCGAGGAGUUACCCCGGGAUAGCGGGGGAGAGGUCACCUCCCCAACAGCUGCGAUCCCCGCCGUGGCCCUGGGGCCCCUGAACGGGCAAGUGUGCUGCCUGCGGGACGAGGGGGAGAGGUGUACCCGGCCUGCGGGCAAUGCCAGCUUCAGCAAGAGGAUCCAGAAGAGUAUUUCCCAGAAGAAAGUCAAGAUAGACCUGGACAAAACAGCAAGGCAUCUUUAUAUUUGCGACUUCCACAAGAACUUAAUUCAGAGUGUAAGGAACAGACGGAAACGGAAGGGUAGUGAUGAUGAUGAAGGAGACUCCCCUGUCCAUGACACUGACACUCCAGAGGUGGACCUUUUCCAGUUGCAAGUAAACACAUUAAGAAGAUAUAAGAGGCAUUUUAAACUACAAGCAAGGCCUGGCUUAAAUAAAGCACAGCUUGUUGAAAUAAUUGGCGGCCAUUUUAGAACACUCCCUGUGAAUGAAAAGGACACACUAACAUAUUUCAUCUGCUCGGUGAAGAAUGAAAAAAACAAAGCAGAUCACAAAUCUGACGGGGGACUCCACUAGAGAAAAUGGACAUUUUAUGGACAGUUUGGGGAUUGCUCGAGGCCUUGGAAUGGAAGGACAGUUGUAAAUAAAAUUCAGUGUUAUUUUAGUGAUUUCUAUGGAAAGGUUAUUUGUUGUUUCAUCUAAAAAUGUAUCUCUGCUUCUUAAGCCUGUGGUUGAAGGAUGUCACUUUUCGUGACGUAUAAUCUGUCAUAAACCUGGCUUAUUUGACCCGGUAGUCAGCAGUGAAAUACAACAUUGAUGGAACCAAACUUCCCAAAGGAUGUUUAUAAUUUCAGUCUAGGACAUGGCUUGGUGUCAUGUAGGAAUGGUUAUGUGCCA